UUUCAGCGCCAGAUGUGGCGAAAUCCGGAAAAGAAGAGAUGCGAAAGCAAAAGAUGACGCCUGCUGAAGCCGUCCUAGCCGGUGCCAUCUUAUUUCCGGAAGACGAAGAGCCAUGGUACGAGCGCACGAUCAGCCUUCCAAAGCAGUUCGAAGGUUUAACGCCGGUGCCACAAGCCGAGGUGGACGAGCCAUCAAUAUCGGCGGCUUCUUACGUGGCGUACGCUUUCUUCAGUGGCUUCCUCGUGCUGCUCGUACUCAUCGCCAUCAUCGCCUACAUAAUCUCCUACAUAGCAACGAAAACUGAGGAGUACGUACCCCUGGUGCUGUGCUACUACGAUCCCACCAUGAGCACGAAGUACUCGCCGCCCUUCAUACGGUCCGACCUGUGCCUGGAGUGCUGCUCGCACCUCGUCUACGACGGGCUCGAGGUCGACGCCCGUGGCAACAUCAUUGACAGGCAGCAGAUCCAGGGACCAGUACCGAGUGAGCGUCGCAUUGUGAUGCGCGGCGAGAGUCGUCUGUGAAACACCGCAACGUCUUUUUUAACGCGAUAUAGAGAGCCUACAUGCAACACAGCGUUGCAUGUAGGCUCCCUAACGCGAUAGUGUUAAGGGCACCCAUGUCGCAAAAAAUCCGGUGUCGGCCGUCGUUUGGCGAAAAAUCAUUUCGAACCACAACCACGCACGCCCUCCGUAGACACUAAAUACUUCUUUUACCACGAAAGUUGCUCACAUUUUGUCUUACAUUCUUGACAAAGUUAUUCGUCGGAAU